CUGAACACAUAGUUUAUCUCGUAGAAGCUCCGGUUCCCAAAAGGCCAAAACCCCUGAUGAGAAGAACCCUACGGUUGAGACCUUUCUCUGCAACCUUUCUCCAUCCUACCCGCAGCUUUCUACAACCUCUAAAUCCGUACAAACAUGGUGGGUCAGCACCAAACCCUCCAAAACGGUGCGCAGCAUCAAUCCCCAACCCAAACUUCGGGUGGGUCUUCACUGGGAACUCUGUUCCUCCUCCCGAGUGGAUAGAGCCCUUCAGUGACGUUUCUGAUUUAGUACGAAGCACACAGAAUCUGCAACCAUCUCCAUGGGUAAGCCACAUUCUUAAUCUCCUUGAUGGAUCAUCUGACAUGGAGUUCAAUUUAGAUUCUUUUUGCAAAAAGUUCUUGGUCAGACUAUCGCCAAACUUUGUUUCGUUUAUCUUGAAAUCAGUCGCGCUUCUUGAUAAACCUGAUGUUGUUUUGAGGUUCUUUUGCUGGGCUGGUAGGCAAGAGAAGUAUGCACAUAAGCUUGAAUGUUAUGUCUCUUUGAUUAGUGUUUUGUCUUUGUCUGGCGAUUUGGAUAGAAUCAGGUAUGUUUCUAAUGAGCUGAAGGAAAUCGAAUUUGUGAUGACUGUUUCAGCAGCAAAUUCUUUGAUUAAGAGCUUUGGAGUGCUUGGGAUGGUGGAAGAGUUGUUGUGGGUGUGGCGUCGGAUGAAGGAGAAUGGAAUUGAACCAAGUUUGUAUACAUAUAAUUUUCUGAUGAAUGGGUUGGUAAGUUCCAUGUUUAUUGAAUCUGCAGAGAGGGUUUUUGAGGUUAUGGAGAAUGGGAGAAUUGGAGCUGAUGUAGUGACUUAUAAUACUAUGAUUAAAGGGUAUUGUAAAGCGGGGAUGACCCAAAAAGCAAUUGACAGAUUCAAAGCUAUGGAGGCAAGAGAUAUAAAACCGGACAAGAUAACCUACAUGACUUUGAUACAAGCAUGUUAUUCGGCAGAGGACUUUGAGUCUUGUUUGAGUUUGUAUCAUGAAAUGGAGGAGAAGGGUCUGGAAGUUCCGCCUCAUGCUUACAGUUUGGUGAUUGGAGGGCUCUGUAGAAAUGGUAAGUGCCUUGAAGGGUAUGCUGUUUUCAAUAAUAUGAAUCGCAAGGGGUGUAAAGCAAACGUGGCAAUCUAUACUGCUUUGAUAGAUGGCUAUGCAAAACAUGGAAGUAUAGAAGAGGCAAUAAAGCUCUUCGAGAGGAUGAAAGUUGAAGGGCUUGAACCUGAUGAGGUUACU